UCCGUCACUUACGGCCGGAGCGGUUAGUGCUGGGAGUUGGUGUCGCUGUGCCGGGCUCUCAGGAACGGACGGCUUGGGCGCGGACUGGUAUCCCGGGACUGAUUUUCAGGGUCCACCAUGGAACCAGAGCAGAUGCUGGAGGGUCAGACACAGGUUGCGGAGAAUCCUCACUCUGAGUACGGUUUGACAGACAACGUUGAGAGGAUAGUAGAAAAUGAGAAGAUUAAUGCAGAAAAGUCAUCCAAACAGAAGGUGGAUCUGCAGUCUUUGCCAACUCGUGCCUACCUGGAUCAGACAGUUGUGCCUAUCUUGUUACAGGGACUUGCUGUGCUCGCAAAGGAAAGACCACCAAAUCCCAUUGAAUUUCUAGCAUCGUAUCUUUUAAAAAAUAAGGCACAAUUUGAAGAUCGAAACUGAUUUAUUGGGAAGAACAGAAAAGUUUGGUUGCUACUAUAGAUUUACAUGAUUAAGAGGCAGCUUUAAUUGCGUAAUUUUUUCUCCUUUUUGGAAUUAUAAGAACCUUCAGGACAAAAAAAAUUAUUUCUUGAAUUGCUGAAGAGAACAUAUUUCCCCUACUUUGAUUUAAUUGCCAUACUUAUUUAAUGAGUGUAUUCUGUGCAGUUUUUUUCUCAGAUUGUCUUUAACUUUGUUUUUAAAAUGACCUUCAAAAUAAAUUGUCAAGAUGCCAGUAUUUCAGAGUAGUUUUUGUUUGGUAUGAGAAAUAUUUUGUAUGCUUGAAUUGUUAUUAUGAAUCGCUUCUUUCUUCUCUCUGAAUGUUACAGAGUUUUACGGCAGAGUGAAAAUAUAACAGAAUCAAGUAUAAUAAAGAACUUAGCCAACACCACUGCGCCCCAACCCCCAGGUCGACUGCUGGAUCUUUCUGAGAGGGGUGUGUGGGCAUGUUCAGUGUCUAUCAAGUCUCACCUGUGUUUCUAAUGUACAAUAAUGUUGCAGUAUGGAAAAUAGCGUUGCAUAGGAUAUACAGUAUCCUUUGAUGCUUUGAGGUAAUGAUGUAAAAUAGCCAUCACUUAUUGCGGUCCUAUAUGUCAGCUGUAACACUGUAUUUAAUAUAGCAAAGUAGUUAUUCCCAUUUUGCAGAUGUGAAAACAGACUUAGAGUAAGUGAUUUGUUCAAGACAACACUACUGGUAAGUGCUUUUUUUUUUUUGGCGACAGAAUCUUGCUAUGUAGUUCAGGCUGUCCUUGGCUGGCCUCAGACUCCCAGCAGUUCUCCUACCUCCAGCUGCCGGGCAGUUCGUCCCAGGUCUAUGAAUGUGUUGCAGUGAGAAGUACUUGUGUCACUCAAUGUCAUUGUGUCUCUUUGUAAUAAAAAUUAGUAGCUGGUAAGUUUUUUUUUUUUUUUAAAUCUAUUUCUCUUGUCCCCUGUGAAGAAAUUAAGCUAGCUUACUGGGUCUGGAAAAUAGAGAAAAUUGUCUGAAGAGAGUGAGAAAAAACAUUCACUGGAUAAGUGGUCCUCAGCUUGGAGUGAUUGUAUCUAGCCCCCCUCCCUUGGGUCCCUAGGACAAUCAGUGAUCUGGACACAUUUUAGUUUUGGUGGAAUUCUACUGGCAUAUAGUGGAUAGAGUCCAGGGAUGCUGUUAAAUGUCUUAAAAGGCACCAUGAUCACCACUGUGCCCAUCCCUUCCCCCCAAAUCUUCCAGUUCAAGGUAUCAGUAGUAUCGAAAUUGGGCAACUACAUUGGAAAUAUAUUAAAGUCAUGUGUCUCAAAGGAAAAAACAUUAAGACCUUAGCAGAGUUAGAAAUUUAAUGCUGACGAUGCAUGUGUUACAGUUCUCUAUCUUUUAAAAAAAAUUUUUUUUUUUUGGUACGGGGGAUGGAACUUGGGUCCUUGAGCUUGAGAGGCAGGCGGCUGAACCACUGAGCUAAAUCCCCGGCCCUACAGUUCUCUUUAAUACACUCAGUAGAAAUGAUAUUUGCAUUCACAUAUGCAGAUCUUUGAGAAAUACAGUCCUAUUUAAAUAGGAAAUAUCGGUAUCUCCCACUUUUACAAUAUUUACCACAAAUAUGAAUUUCAUCAGUUUUAUUUUGGCUGCUUGGCUAAUUCAUUAGUCCACUGAAGUAUUUUUAGUGAUAUUUUACCAUUUGAGUUAAUUGUAUAAUUUCUAAUGAAAGCACCAAUAAUGCACAUGCUAGGCAAGUGCUCUGCCACUGAGUGACAUCCCUAGAGGCCAGAGUGCUAUCUUUUUAGGAGUGGCUCUUUGCCGUUAUUCUCAUUAGAGCUACUUGAUGGAACUUCUCAAAUAUUAGUAUAAACAAUAGUGUAUAAAUAUCAAAAUAAAUGUAUAAAUAAAUAUUAAUACCUUGCAUAAAGCCUGGAGACUGAGUUGGGAUAGGGCCUAGGUUUAUAAUUGUGAAUUUGAAUGGAAACUAAUCUGAUGCAUAUGGUUUUGGAAAUGCACAUAUGUCGUACUCUGCCUAAUGCCUCAUUACUUUUAGUGUUCUAUUGAAUUGUCUUCAAGUUAGGGCUUAAAAUUCUCAAUCUUGAAUUUGCUACUUUUUCCAGUAAGAGCUGAGUGUAGGUACAUCUGCCAACAGUUGACACACUCCUUAAGUAUUUACUAUGCCAGGGACCAUGGGAAAUACUUUGUUAUUUCAUCUUCAGCUCUGUGUGGUGGACUUCAUUAAAGUUUUAUACCCACUUCAUUUAUUAAAAUAUCACUUUUGGGGCUGGGGAUUUAGCUCUGGUUCUGCUGCCUGCCUCACAAGCGCAAGGUCCCAAGUUCAAUCCCCGGUGGACCCCCCAAAUUAUGUAUGAUUUACAUGUAAAAAGCUGUAUGUAUUUAGUAUGUACAAGCUGAUGAGUUUCAGAAUAGGUAUAUGCUAGUGAAACUGUAACCACCAUCAAGGCUAUAAACAUAUUUGUGUUCGUUACCUCCCAAAGUAGGUUUCAUUUAUUUUAGUGGUAAUGGUGAUUAAACCCAGGGCCUCAUAUAUGCUGUAACUACACUACCACUGAACUACACCUGAAGGCCAGAGGUAGGUUUAAUUUCAAUGUAUCAUUUUUAGACGAGGAAACAUUUGGUUAACUUGUUCAAGAUUAUAGAGGACUGAGUUUGGUACAGUGAGUCAAACACUAUUUCCUCUCAGGUAUACCUAUGAUUUUUCUUUGAGGGGAAGUCAGUCCUAUGUGUGUAUAGUGGAAGCCUUUUCUGCCUGAUGAAUGAAAAAGUGGGGAAUCAUAAAUGAACAUACUGUAUAAACAGAUUUUUUGAGUUUAAAAAUAUUAAUGUGGGCUGGGGAUUUAGCUCAGUGGCUAUGCUGCCUUUCUCA